CUUUUUAAAUCUUUUUUUUUUUUUAAAUAGUUCUGCAACUUGUAUAAUGAGUGACAAUCCUUAUCUUGCUCACUGGAACACUGAAAAAAAGGACAAGGGCGCAAAUUUUAUGGGUUUGAAGCCUCGUAAGACAACAGCAGAACAAGCAGAAAAACUUGAAAAUGGCACUUUGAAUCCAUUUACGAAUAAACCCUUUUCUGCAAAGUAUCAAAAGAUCUUGGAAGGAAGAAGAAAGCUUCCUGUUCAUUCUCAACGUCAAGAAUUCCUAGACAUGGUCCAUAAGAAUCAGUUUGUUGUACUCGUUGGUGAAACUGGUUCAGGAAAGACAACACAGAUUCCACAAUUCUUAGCCUACGAUGAACUUCCACAUCUUAAAGGGAAAAUGAUUGCCUGUACUCAACCUCGUCGUGUUGCUGCAAUGUCAGUUGCUCAACGUGUUGCUGAUGAGAUGGAUGUCAAGCUUGGUGAAGAAGUUGGUUACAGUAUUCGUUUUGAAGAUAAUACAAGCCCCAGUACCUUUUUGAAGUAUAUGACAGAUGGUAUGCUUUUGCGUGAAGCCAUGUCAGAUCCUUUGCUGAGUAGAUACUCUGCUGUUAUUCUUGACGAAGCACACGAACGUACGCUUAAUACUGAUAUAUUGAUGGGUCUUUUGAAAGAGGUCUGCAAGAAGAGAAAGGAUCUUCAGGUUGUUGUCAUGUCUGCCACAUUAGAUGCUGGCAAGUUUCAAAAGUACUUUGACGACGCACCAUUAUUGAGUGUUCCAGGUAGAACUUUCCCUGUUGAAAUUUACUAUACACCUGAACCAGAACGUGAUUAUCUUGAAGCUGCCAUUCGUACUGUACUUCAAAUUCACUUGAGUGAACCUGAAGGUGAUAUCUUGGUGUUCUUGACUGGUGAAGAAGAAAUUGAAACAGCAUGCAGCAAGAUAAGAGCAGAAGGUGAUGAAUUAAUCCGUAGCCAAGGCGCUGGUCCUUUGAAGGUCGUACCUCUUUAUUCAUCUUUGCCUCCUCGUGCUCAACAGCUCAUUUUCGAAAGUGCACCUGCUCCACGUACUCCUGGGGGCGCGCCUGGUAGAAAGAUUGUUGUUUCUACCAACAUUGCUGAAACAUCACUUACUAUUGAUGGUAUCGUUUAUGUGAUUGAUCCAGGAUUUGCAAAGCAGAAAGUAUACAACCCACGUAUCCGUGUCGAAUCCCUUUUAGUUUCACCUAUUUCUAAAGCUUCAGCCCAACAGCGUGCUGGUCGUGCUGGUCGUACGAGACCUGGUAAAGCAUUCAGAUUAUACACAGAAGCUGCCUUCAAUCAAGAAUUAAUUGAACAGACAUACCCUGAAAUCUUAAGAAGUAACUUAGGAAACGUUGUUUUGCAACUGAAGAAACUUGGUAUUGAUGAUCUUGUCCACUUCGACUUUAUGGAUCCUCCUGCUCCUGAAACACUUAUGCGUGCACUCGAAUUAUUGAACUACUUGGGAGCUCUUGAUGAUGAUGGUGAACUUACACCUACUGGUGAACUCAUGUCAGCCUUCCCCUUGGAUCCUCAACUGGCCAAAAUGCUGAUCGAAAGUCCUAAGUAUAACUGUUCCAACGAAAUAUUAUCCAUUGCUGCAUUACUUUCUGUUCCUCAGAUCUUUGUUCGUCCUAAUAAUGCUCGUAAAGCUGCUGACGAAGCAAAAGCACAAUUUGCACACGCAGAUGGUGACCAUCUUACAUUAUUGAACGCUUAUCAUGCAUACAAGACAAAUAAUGAAGACAGCAACUGGUGCUAUGAAAAUUUCUUAAACCAAAGAUCACUAAAAUCUGCAGAUAAUGUUAGAAAUCAACUAAAGAGAACAAUGGAACAGAAUGACUUGGACUUAGUAUCAACAGACUUUGAAAACAAAUCAUACUAUGUCAACAUUAGAAGAGCCAUUGUUGCUGGAUACUUUAUGCAGGUUGCUCAUCUUGAACGUAGUGGACAUUACUUGACAGUGAAAGACAACCAAAUCGUACAACUUCAUCCAUCAUCCUGCUUAGACCAUAAGCCUGAAUGGGUGCUAUAUAAUGAAUUUGUCUUGACUACAAGAAAUUAUAUUAGAACUUGUCUUGAAGUGAAGGCACACUGGCUGCUUGAAAUUGCUCCCAACUACUAUGACUUGUCUAAUUUCCCCAACUGCCAUGGCAAACGUCAAUUACAGGCUAUUGCUAGUAAAAGACAAAGAGAAGAGGCUGAAAAGACAUACAAGAAGAGAAAGAAUUAAACAUUAUUUAUGAUUCAAUGCUACUAUUUAGAAUAAAUUUAAAAUUCAGUAAAGAUUCAAAAACAAUACAACUGUAGAUAUUAUUGUCCACAAUCAAAAUCAAAC